AUGGACCCAUCAGAUCCUGAUUUCGAGUACCUCGGUGUCGACCGCAAGGCUCUCCUCAAGGAGGCUGAAGCCGGAAGUUUUGACUCCAAGUCUGUCGCCUGGGUUGAGGAUGAAAAAGAGGGUUACGUUAUGGCCGACAUCGUCGAGACAAGCGGCGACACUGUCACCGUGAGGCUCAAGGACGGAACCACUAAGCAAAUCAAGAAGGACGACAUCCAACAGGUUAAUCCUCCCAAGUUCACCAUGACCGAAGAUAUGGCCGAUUUGACAUACCUUAACGAUGCUUCUGUUCUGGAAAACCUUCGGGCUCGCUACUACCAUAAGCUUAUUUAUACCUACUCCGGCCUCUUCUGUGUCGCUGUGAACCCAUAUAAGAGGUACCCCAUCUACUCAUACGAGGUCGCAAUGAAGUACAAGGGCAAGCGGCGUGCUGAGAUGCCUCCACAUCUUUUCUCCAUCGCUGAUAACGCUUAUCAUAGCAUGCUCGCCGAUCGUGAGAAUCAGUCUAUUCUCAUUACUGGUGAAUCCGGUGCCGGUAAGACUGAGAACACGAAAAAGGUCAUCUCAUACUUCGCCUUUGUUACUGCCAACCCCUCAAAGAAGGGCGAGGAGGUUGAGAAAAAGGGCAGUCUUGAGGACCAAAUCGUCCAGGCUAAUCCUCUUCUAGAGGCCUAUGGUAAUGCAAAAACAAACAGGAACAAUAACUCUUCUCGUUUCGGAAAAUUCAUUCGUAUCCACUUCGGUACAACGGGAAAGAUUGCUGGUGCCGACAUUGAAUUCUACUUGCUUGAGAAGUCUCGUGUAACUUCUCAAAUGAAGGGUGAACGUAACUUCCACAUUUUUUACCAACUGCUCUCGGACUACGGCAAGAAGUACCACGAUAAGCUCCUGGUUACUGCGGAUCCCGCCCUCUACUCCUUCAUCAACCAGGGUGAACUGACAAUCGAUGGUGUAGACGACUCGGAGGAAAUGAAGCUCACUGACGAAGCUAUCGACAUCCUGGGCUUCACCAACGACGAACGCAUGUCACUCUUCAAGUGCACAACUUCCGUUAUUAACAUGGGAGAAAUGAAGUUUAAGCAGCGUCCUCGUGAGGAACAAGCCGAGGCUGAUGGCACCGCCGAAGCUGAGAAAGUCGCCUUCCUUCUAGGCGUCAACGCUAAGGACCUACUGAACUCGUUCCUCAAGCCAAAGGUUAAAGUCGGGAACGAAUUCGUGACAAAGGGUCAAAACCUGGAUCAAGUUAAUUUUGCCGUCAAUGCACUGGCGAAGUCUCUGUAUUCUCGUCUCUUUACAUGGCUGGUUGCUCGUGUCAACAAGACCCUUGAUACCAAAGUCAAAAGGCAGUACUUCAUCGGUGUCCUGGAUAUAGCUGGUUUCGAGAUCUUCGAUGAAAAUGGAUUUGAACAGAUCUGCAUUAACUACACCAACGAGCGUCUCCAGCAAUUCUUCAAUCACCACAUGUUCGUCCAAGAGCAGGAAGAGUACAGAAAGGAGAAUAUCCAGUGGACUUUCAUCGAUUUCGGAAUGGACCUUCAAGCGUGUAUUGAUCUCAUUGAAAAGCCCAUGGGUAUUAUGUCCAUCCUGGAAGAAGAGUGCAUGUUCCCCAAGGCCACUGACGAGACCUUCAAGAAUAAGCUCUACGACAACCACCUGGGCAAGAGCCCCAACUUCGCCAAGCCAAAGCCGCCGAAGGCCGGCCAGAAGGAGGCCCACUUCGAGCUGCACCACUACGCCGGCAGUGUGCCCUAUAACAUAACCGGCUGGUUGGUGAAGAACAAGGACCCUCUGAACGACACCGUCGUCAAUCUUUUGAUGGAGUCAAAGGAGUCCCUCGUGGCCCACAUGUUCGCUCCCCCAGAAGGUACCCAUGUAACUGAGUGUUUAAAAAACCCUCAUCUAGAUGGAACAAAGAAAAAGAAGUCCAGUUCUUUCAUGACUGUAACCUAUACUCACCGGGAGUCUCUGAACAAACUGAUGAAGAACUUGAUGAGCACAAGUCCUAGCUUCAUUCGUUGCAUCGUCCCCAACGAGUUCAAACAACCUGGUGUCAUUGACGCCCACCUCGUGCUGCACCAGCUCCACUGCAACGGUGUGCUUGAAGGUAUCCGUAUUUGCCGGAAAGGUUUCCCAAAUCGAAUGAUCUACUCUGAAUUCAAACAGCGCUAUUCUAUCCUCGCGCCAAACGUGAUCCCUGCUGGUUUCAUCGAUGGCAAACAGGUGACUGAAAAGAUUCUUGAUGCGUGCCAGCUUUCGAAGGAGAGCUACCAAUGCGGCAACACCAAGGUCUUCUUCAAGGCCGGUACUUUGGCCGAGUUGGAAGACAUGCGAGAUGAGAAGCUUAACAAGAUAAUCUCCAACUUCCAAGCCCAGAUUCGCGGCUAUUUGAUGCGCAAGGAGUACAAGAAGCUGCAAGAUCAGAGGACCGCAUUGGCUUUAAUUCAGCGAAACAUCCGCAAAUACCUAAUGCUAAGAACGUGGCCAUGGUGGCGACUUUACACCAAGGUCAAGCCCAUGCUAAACAUAGCUCGUCAAGAAGAGGAAAUGAAGAAGGCUGCCGAAGAACUGGCCAAGUUGAAGGAGGAAUUCGAGAAGCUUGAGAAGCUGAAGAAGGAACUCGAGGAGCAAAAUGUCACUCUUCUUCAGCAGAAGAAUGACAUAUUCCUUCAACUUCAGACCGAACAGGAUAACCUCGCCGACUCUGAGGAGAAGGUCUCCAAGCUGAUCCUUCAAAAGGCCGACAUGGAGCAGCAAAUUAAGGAGUUGGAAGAACGCCUAAACGAUGAGGAGGACUCUAGCAGAAACCUUGAGGAGGCCAAGAAGAAGUUGGCCGCGGAGAUUGAUGAGUUGAAGAAGGAUGUUGAAGACCUGGAGAGCACGCUUCAGAAGGCCGAACAGGAGAAGCAGGCCAAAGACAACCAGAUUAGGCAACUUCAAAGCGAGAUGCAACAACAAGAGGACCAACUCGCUCGCCUUAAUAAGGAAAAGAAGGCUCUGGAGGAACAGAAUAAGAGGACUUCCGAAGCUCUUCAGGCUGAGGAGGACAAGGUCAACCACCUCACCAAACUAAAGGCCAAACUCGAGUCAACCCUUGAUGAGAUGGAAGAGAACCUUGCCCGUGAGCAGAAGAUCCGCAGCGACGUUGAGAAGGCCAAGAGGAAGCUCGAAGGGGACCUCAAGGCCACGCAAGAGACGGUUGACGACAUGGAGCGCGUGAAACGCGACCUCGAGGAACAGCUUCGCCGUAAAGACGCCGAACUUAAUAACAUGGGCAGCAAGUCCGAGGAGGACCAGGGCUUGAUAAACCAGCUUCAACGCAAAAUUAAGGAACUUCAAGCCCGUAUUGCUGAACUCGAAGAAGACCUGGAAGCCGAACGAGCUGCCCGCAGCAAAGCCGAGAAAGCCCGUCAACAGCUCGAGGCUGAACUUGACGAGGUCAGCGACCGUCUAGAGGAACAAGGUGGUGCAACCGCUGCUCAAAUGGAUCUCAACAAGAAACGCGAGGCUGAGCUCAUUAAGCUUAAACGCGACCUAGAAGAGGCACGCAUCCAGAAUGAGCAACAAAUCGCUGCUAUGCGUAAGAAGCAAACUGACGCUAUCAACGAGGUCACCGAUCAACUGGACCAAGCCCAGAAGCUCAAAGCCAAGCUCGAAAAGGAGAAGACCGACUUGAAGGCCGAGUGUGACGACCUCCAAGGACAAGUUGCCAAUCUAGCUAAACAGAAGAUGAACGCUGAAAAGAAUUGGAAGACAUUCGAAGCCCAGGUUAGUGAGCUUCAAGCUCGUCUGGAUGAGGCGACGCGCCAGAACACCGAUGCCGGAUCCCAAAAGGCUCGUCUUACGCAAGACGUCACUGAACUCCAACGACAGCUCGAGGAAGCCGAGUCCCAGAUUGGCCAACUCACCAAGGCCAAGCAGCAGCUUGCUAGCCAAUUAGAGGAGGCACGCCGCAACCUCGAUGAAGAGACCAGGGCCAAGUCUAAGCUCAGCUCUGAGGUGCGCAACCUCAAUUCUGACCUCGACGCGUUGCGUGAAUCCCUUGAGGAGGAACAGGCUUCCAAAUCAGACAUGCAGCGACAAAUUCAGAAGCUGCAAGCAGAAAUCGCCGCUGGCGUCGGCAAGGGACAGGGUGACAUCAAGAACGAGGAGUUUGAGGAAAUGAAACGCCGCCUCAACGCCAAGAUUCAGGAAUACGAAAGCGAGGCUGAAGCUGCAAAGCAGAAGUGUAGUCAGUUGGAAAAAGUCAAGGCCCGCCUACAGGGUGACAUUGAAGACCUCAUGGUCGACGUUGAACGCGCUAACGGUCUUGCUAGCCAACUUGAGAAGAAACAGAAGAAUUUCGACAAGACCCUUGGUGAAUGGCAAGCGAAGUACGCCGAGUCUCAGAGUGAGUUAGAAAACGCCCAGCGUGAAGCUCGUGGCUACUCAACUGACGUCUUCCGCCUCAAAGCGCAGCUAGAGGAGGCUCAGGAUCAAAUUGAGGCUGUCCGCCGAGAAAACAAGAAUCUUUCGGAUGAAAUUCACGACCUGACUGAACAACUCGGAGAGGGUGGCCGAUCGGUCCAUGAAGCCGACAAGGCACGCAAGCGUCUCGAGAUGGAGAAGGAGGAGCUCCAGGCUGCCCUAGAGGAAGCCGAGUCGGCUCUCGAGCAAGAGGAAGCCAAAGUUCAGCGAGCGGCCCUUGAAUUAAGCCAAGUUCGUUCGGAGAUUGAUCGUAGACUGGCCGAAAAGGAGGAGGAAUUCGAGGCAACUCGAAAGAAUCACCAACGGGCCAUCGAAUCCAUGCAGGCCUCUCUUGAGGCUGAAGUCAAGGGUAAGGCCGAUGCCAUGCGCAUGAAGAAGAAGCUCGAGCAGGACAUCAACGAACUGGAAGUCGCCCUCGACUCAGCUAAUCGCUCCAGAGCGGAGAUGGAGAAAAACGUCAAGAAGUUCCAGCAGCAGGUGCGUGAAUUAGAGUCUCAGAUUGAGGAGGAGCAGAGGUCGCGUGAAGAACUUCGUGAGACCGCGAGCACCGCAGAGCGCCGAGCUCAAAUGAUGGCCGCUGAAAUGGAGGAUCUGCGCAACCACCUAGAAGCCUCUGAACGCGCCCGCAAGACUGCCGAAAUGGAAAGAGCAGAGGCCGCUGAUCGUGCUUCGGAACUCUCCGUCCAGAGCGCUUCUUUCACUGCCAUGAAACGCAAGAUGGAAGCUGACCUUGCUGCUAUGCAGGCUGAUCUUGAAGAGGCCGCUAAUGAAGCAAAGCAGGCCGACGAACGCGCGAAGAAAGCUAUGGCCGACAGCGCUCGCGUAUUCGAGGAAGUGCGCCAAGAGCAGGAGCACACACAGCACGUAGAGAAGGCCAGGAAACAACUUGAACAACAAGUUAAGGAGUUACAAGUGCGUUUGGAGGAGGCCGAAUCGAACGCUAUGAAGGGAGGCAAGAAGGCCCUUGCCAAACUCGAGCAACGUGUCCGCGAGCUUGAAACCGAGCUGGACGCCGAACAACGUCGACAUGGCGAAACGCAAAAGAACUAUCGAAAAAUAGACCGACGCCUCAAAGAAGUCACACUGCAGGCUGACGAAGACAAGAAGAAUUACGAUCGCAUGCAGGAGCUGGUUGACCAACUCCAAGGGAAAAUCAAGACCUACAAGAGACAGGUGGAAGAAGCUGAGGAGAUCGCUGCGGUCAAUUUGGCCAAAUACCGCAAGAUCCAGCAUGAAGUUGAGGACGCCGAGGAACGCGCAGAUCAGGCUGAACAGGCUUUGCAGAAACUGCGAGCCAAGAAUCGCUCCUCUGUCUCCAUGUCCCGGGGUCCCAGCGCAGCUCCUGGUGGCCGCUCCAUCAACAUGACUACCAACUCGCACGUGGCUCGUGUAAGGACCAUGGCUCCGUCCGAAUUCGAUGAUGAGGUGAAUUUUUUAUUCUGA